AUGCCACAACAUCGUAAUGCUAACCCAGCCGUCAUGUCCAGUGUUAUGCUUGGAAGCCAGUCUUACAACUCUGACCAAUCGAAUCUGGGUUACCCACAGUCGCCUUCGGUUCCCGCUUGCCAAGUGGGUGCAGGAUCUCAAGUCCCAAUGCAACCAGGGAUUGCUUAUCAAGAUUUUUCCGGAUCAUUCGGAAAAUACGCUGGCAUAAGACGAAAUGUUCCAUCUGGCCUGUCGGCUAUGCAGGCCGCUUUUAGCGGCCGAGGAAGGACGGGAUAG